AUUCGCCAAGCCAGUUACCGUUUUGUGCAGUCUGUAUUUAAGUGGCUUUCGUCCAAGACACCUGUGGUCACAAUGGGAAUAUGUGGGGAUCCCGGUUUUCGAGGAUUUAUAAUCGCAACGGCAGUUCAGAACGUCUUCCUCCAAAUCCUCGGUGCCAUAGUUAACGCGCUGAGCUUAUGGUGUCUAUGGAAAUGCCGAAGAACUGGCAACGCCAUAAAACUCCAGCUUGCUCUGGUCUUCAUCCUGCUGUUCCUGUUAGCUACGGUGAUCCUCCCGGGCGAAGGAUGGAUUAAUUACCUCGACUUCUUUUGUCGGAGUGAAAAGAUCAGAGACUCCACGACCAUCUUUUUCCUCCUCGCAUCCGGGUUCAUUCUGCAGUUGGAGAGGAUGAAUAUAAGCAGCGUGGCCAUUUACAGGUUCAUUGCAGUCAAGUUUCCUCAGCUAUAUAAACGGAUGACUCAGGUGAAGGUGGUUGCAGCGUUGGAGGUCAUAAUCUUUAUUUACAUUUCUAUCCCCUACCUCAUAGGAUUUACACAGCCAAUGACGGUGGCCAGAUUCGAAGACGGGAACCAGUACGUUAAGUUCGGGCAGAGAAAUUCUACUGUUGCCAAGGUUGUUUAUAGGAUGUAUGCUUACAAUUUCCUGAUCCCAUUCCUGAUAACGUUAACAGCUUAUUCACUGAUGGCUGUCAUAGUAAGUAAGAUUCUCUAUCAGAAAUUCAAAACCAAGACCUUGGGGCAAACAGACCACGUGACCUUCACAAUACAGCUGAUUAUCCUGAUCGAUCUUGUGCUGGACGCCCCCCAUGCCAUCGCUCACUUCACGAGAGCCAAGCGUUCCAACAUGACGAUCGUCCACAUGGUUUUCCACAUGCACCUGAUAAUUGACCCUCUCAUCUUCCUCUUCUUGAAUCCACACAACAGGCGGGUCGUCGUGGAAACUGCGAGAGGCUCACUUCCUCAAAGGUUCGCUGCUUACUUGCCACCAGCUACGGCAAGUACCAACACCGGUACUCCUCCGAAGGACAGUCAUCCAAUGCUGAAUUCACCCACGCCCCACACCCGCCGCAAGUACGAAAUAAAUAGGCCGGUUGAUGAAAAUUCGCUGAUACUUCAAAAAGUAGGAAACCCCCCGAAUGCUGGCAAAUAUAAGUAUCAAGAGGAUAAAAGGGACCGGCCGAACACACUGGGAGUAUCACAGCUUGAUAAAGCAGACGAUGGCAUGUCAAAUAUUCCACUAACGCCAUUGGAUGAUGCCCUAAAAAGGUUUGAUGGAGGACAGCCUUAGAAUUAUUUAUACUUCACUGAAUUGUUGUAUCAGCAGUAUAAGGGUAUUUAUUCGAUAAGUAUAACAUUGUAGCUUAUAUCGAAGAUUAAAAUAGUUUGCUACAAUGAAAAUUGAAAAAAAAACUGGAAUUAUUCCUUCAUAUUGUGAUGUAAACAAUGGAAUUUUGACUCAUAAGAUAUAAUUUUCAUGAGAAUUUUAUAUGAACUUCUACACCCUUUACAGUAUUGCUAAAUAAACAAUGUGCAACCUACUAACAGUAAUUUAUUUCUUGAGAUAUCGAUCAGAACUUUCAGUGCUACUUCUAGAAAAAAGUAAUUUACCACCAUUUUUUAGCCUCAAUUAUUUUAAAAGUCGCUCUUUUAAAAUAUGUAAAAUUUUUUCAACGUAAUUUUCAAGGGUACCUUUGAACUGGAAGGCCUUGAUGAUUCGACAUAGAUUAUAAUUUGAAAAAAUUGCUUCUUUCAGUAAACGGUCAAAUACCGAACGAUGAUUGAUGAUUUAAGUAGUUAUUGUUUAUAAAAUCAAUUUUAAACAAUAAGAAAUAUCGUCUUCGGUUAAUAAGCUACACUUUUAGUAUUCCAGAAAUGGCCAAGUGCCAAAUGACGACUGACAUUUCAGUUAAGAGUGUUGUUUAAAGAACCUAUUUAAACAGGUAUACAAUACCGUCCAAGGUUAACAAGCUCCACUUUUAAGACUUGCUGUCGUCGAACUCUGAUCACCCUCUCUCUCUCUCUCUCUCUCUCUCUCUCUCUCUCUCUCUCAUUUUGCUGUCCUUUUUGACAAUAUUUUCACAAAUUUUUCUUAAAUCAUAUGCUAAACGAAAUGUUUUCCUUUUAAUGGUUAAGUUCUGAAUUGCCACUCUAGAUGAUCCUUAUUAAGGAACCUAAUGACCUGAGUAAUUCUGCCCCAUUGUUUUAAGUAUACGUCAACUCCCCAUAGUUCUCCCUUUAGUUUUCUCCAUAGUUUUCUCCGUAGUUGCUCUAUGGCGUCUAAGACUCCGUCCACAGCAACAACAGGCAGGUAGCAACAAAGCCUUAGGCCGCCACUGUGAAUCAAUAAUCAUUUCCAUGUCUGUUAAUUUUCAUAAAAAUAACUGUGCAGGAAGGGCCUGGUGUAAAUGAUAUGGUUAUGAAGAGAGGAGCAGUUGUUCUUGGUAUGGAGAGUAUAGUUGCAUUGUUUAGCGAGAUAAUUUGGUAGUGUCUUAAUGUCUGUAUAUUCGAAAAUAUUGAAUGGAGGUUUGAGCGUUUUUGUUUAUUUCUUUGAAGGGUGUAUUCAGGUGUAAAUGGUGGUAUUGUCUGUUUUGUGUAGUUCUCUAAUUAUGAAUUCCUUUAUUCAUUAUUUGACUUCAAAACGCAAAACAAAGAGAGAGAGAGAGAGAGAGAGAGAGUAAAAAUUGUGUAAAUUGUCUGAACAUGGAACGUUCGCAAGUUAUGGCUGUUUGAAGAGACCACGAAGUACUUAACUUGCCUUUUGUGUAUGUAAGAAUAAACAAGAGGAAUUAUUGUUUUAAUUUGCAAAACAGUGAUUAUAUCUGAAUGAAUAUAAUAUUGUACUAAAUGUAUUUCUCGAUUACUUCUGAAAAAAAGAACUGCAGGAAAUUCAGGAAUAUUUCAGUGACUGUCGGUGAACAGUGUCUUAAAAGAAUUUGACAGGAAAACUAAGUUCUGAAGCAUGUGUUAAUAAUGACUUUAUUUUUUCUGCAUCUAAAUUAAAACAAUAAAUACAACAUCCCUUGAGUAACUGAAUAAGCAUGUAAACAAUACUUUUAUAUAAUUCUAGACUUGGGAAACCUUUACCCAAAAUCGCAGUCAUCUUCCUUGGCCCUUGAUUAAAAUGAGAGAUUCUUA